GCGGAAGGGGUAGAACAGACGAGCCAUGGCGUCCUCCUCGCUGGCAGCAGCAGAGGUGGCGAUGAGAUCCGGCGAUGGAGUGGAGGGGGUGGAGGAGAUGACCCUGACGGUGCGGUGGAGCGGGAAGGAGUACACCGUGAGGGUGUGCGGAGACGACAGCGUGGCGGAACUGAAGCGCCGCAUCUGCGAGGUCACCAACGUCCUCCCCAAGCGCCAGAAGCUACUGUAUCCCAAAAUCUCCGCCAAGCUCAGUGACGAUUCCGUCCUCCUCUCCCAGCUUAAUCUCAAACCCUCCGUCAAGAUGACCAUGAUCGGUACUGUUGAAGAUGACAUUAUUGUGGACCAAGCGGACUCCCCAGAGAUUGUGGAUGAUUUUGAACUUGGUCAUGAUGAAGUCAUUGACAUCAAAGAUAAAUUUGUAAACAAACAGAAAUUAUUGCGAAGAAUCUCUCAGCAUAAGAUCAAACUUUUGAACCCAUGUCGUGAAGGAAAGAAGCUGCUCGUCUUAGAUAUUGAUUAUACCCUAUUUGAUCACAAGUCCCCUGCUGAAAAUCCUCGUGAGCUGAUGCGGCCAUAUCUUCAUGAGUUUCUCUCUGCUGUCUAUGCGGAGUAUGAUAUCAUGAUAUGGUCCGCUACUAGCAUGAAAUGGGUAGAGUUGAAGAUGGGGCAGCUUGGUGUUCUGAACAAUCCUAAUUACAAAAUUACUGCUCUUUUAGAUCACAUGGCCAUGAUCACAGUACAAUCUGAUUCUCAUGGGUUAUUUGAUUGCAAACCACUUGGCCUGAUAUGGGCUCAAUUUCCUGAGUUUUAUAAUGCCAAAAAUACAAUUAUGUUUGAUGACCUUCGAAGAAAUUUUGUGAUGAACCCACAGAACGGGCUUACCAUCAGACCCUUCAGGAAAGCUCAUCUGAAUCGAAGCAGUGAUCAGGAGCUGUUGCGAUUAACACAAUAUUUGCUGGCUAUUGCAGAUCUUCCUGAUCUCAGCCAACUUGAUCAUAAUUACUGGGAAUUGUAUGCUGAAGACAGUACAAAAAGACGCAGGCACAGAUAGAGCAAUUAUGCUGAUGGAGAAGUGUUCUUGGCUAUAUUUGAAAUACCUGGUUUUAUUAUGUUGUCAUGGCUAGGUCAUUUAUCAAUAUAACUUGUUUUCUCGGUGCUAACAGGCCAUGCUCUUCAACCUUGUCUGAGGUUACUUAAUCUGUAGAGAAUGUAUAAAACAACCCUGUGAUUACUUUUCUCAAGUUCAAUACUUUUUAAGGGUUGAAUAUCAUAAUCUAAUUUUGGUUAGACAAA